GAACAGGCUUUCUCUGGCCCGGGACUUCUCGGCGUUCAGCGGUUCCCCCCGUAACCGGAUACCGGUUGUUUGGACUCUGCCUCUGGCUCAGGAGUCACAGAUGCCAGGAAGUAUGGCCCCCCUCAAGAAGCUUCGAAAUACCGCCAGGGUGCCUCUGGCCUUAAACCCCCUGAAGAGCAAGGACGUGUUGGCCGUGCUGGCUGAGAGGAACCAGGCUAUAAUGCCAGUUGGGGCAUGGGUGGAACCUGCCUUGCCAGAUAGCUCGGAAGUCCCAGCAUAUACUUCAGCAUAUAUGAUUGAAGAAGAACUAAAGGAACAGCUAAGAAAAAAACAAGAAGCUCUGAAGCGUUUUCAGAGACAAGUCAAACGCCGAGUAAAUCAGCAAAUCAGGAUGAGAAAAAAGCAGCAGUUUCAGAGAUCUUAUGAAGCAGCCGAAAAAGAAGGCUCUGUAGCCAUGCAGUCUUCAGAUGCAGCACAUUUAACUCCUAAAAGAACAAGUGUUUUUCCAGACAACUUGAAUGCUGCUAUUGGAAGUGCUGGGUUACCUCCUUCCCAGAUGCUUGGGGAUGGAAUUGGUGAUAGAGAGAAUCAGAAUGAAUUAUUCCAACAACAAGCCCAGGCUCUUAGUCAAACCAUGAAACAGGCCCGUCACCGGCUGGCAUCCUUUAAGACUGUGAAUAAAAAAAAUGCGUCAGUGUUUCCAGACAGUAGAAGGAAAACCUCUCCCCAACAAGAGGAACCUGACUCUGAGGAAUCUUCAUCUAUUAUGACAGAUAAGGAGACAGAAAAUUUGUUUUGGGAAGACCAGCAUUCUCUCCUUUCUGAAGACAGGGACAAACCUUUCAGCAGAGUUCAGAAAGUACAGUUCAAAAAUCCAUUAUUUGCUGUGAUGAAAGAGGAAGAACAAAAGCAAUUAGAUCUUCAGGGCCUUCAGAAUAUUCUGCCAGAAGCCCAGGAUUAUCUUCCAGAAGGCCAAGGUGAUCUGCUGGAAGCUGAGGAUGAUUUGACAGGAGUCCAGAGUGUUGAGCUAGAAGCUGAGAGUGUUGAACCAGAAGCCAAGAGUGUUGAGCCAAAGCUCAGUAUCCCAGCUAUUGAGCUGGAAAGCCAAGCUGUUGAGCCCAAAGCGCAGCCCAUUGAGCCUAAAGCCCAGGCUGUUAAGAUAAAAACUCAGGGUAUUAUGCCAGAAGCCCAGAAUAUUGAACUAGAAGAUGAGAGUAUUGUGUCUGAAGUCCAGGAUUUGCUACCCAAAGAACAGUGUGUUCUUCCCAAAGACCAGAAUAUUCUACCCAGAUGUCAGGACCAGGACUUUCUACUUAAAGACCAGGAUUUUCUACCGAAAGACCAGAAUAUUCUACCCGAAUGCCAGGACCAGCAUUUUCCACCCAAAGACCAUCACGUGCUCCCCGAAGACCAGAAUAAUCAAUCUAAAUUUCAGGACCAGGAUUUUCUACUAAAAGACCAGCAUCAGCAUUUUCUACCCAGAGAGCAGGAAACCGGUUUGAAGCAGCCAGCAUCAAUUUUGAUAGGCCCAAGAGGGAGAGAGGCAUUUCCUCUGGGUGUCCCUCAGGAUCUUCCACCCAGGCAUCAAGAUCAGACUUCCACCAGGGACAAGAAAGUACGCUUCAAGGAGUCAUAUUCUGAUGUGUCAAGUGAAAAAGGAAGAAAAGACUAUUCUCUGGCAGGUUAUCAGUAUCUGCCUCCUAAACUACAGGACCAGACCUUCAUGAGAGAUCAGAGCAAGUAUAUCAAGCAACCCUCAUCUUAUGAGAAAUGGGAGAUUGAAAGAAGAAUUCCUUCUGGAGUGCCAUCAAGCUUAUACUUCAGAAGGCAGCCAUCUGUUGGGACAGCUGAAAGAUGGCAAGAGGAUUUGCUUCUGGAUGACCAUCAGCAUCUGCCAGCCAAGCACCAGAGAGAGGCUUCCGGCAAAAGACAGGUUUAUGAUGAAUAUCAAUCAAGAUCAAACACUGAAUUUCAAAUUCCACUGACACUCCAGUCUGGAGUAGAUCAGGAAGAAGACAAGAGAGAGCGUCAAAAGCAAUACCUGAGAUACAGACGACUUUUCAUGGAUAUUGAAAGGGAACAAGUAAAAGAACAACAAAGGCAAAAAGAACAUCAGAAGAAAGUUGAAAAAAUUAAAAAAAAGAAAGAGCAGCAACGUUAUGCCGAAGAGCAGAGGAUACUAAGAAUGAACUUUCAUGAAGAGCUGUAUUCAGGGGAGAAGAUGAGUGACAUAUUAGCCCAGCUGAAACUUGAGGAACUAAAAGGAGUCAGAGAAAAACAACAACAGAGAGAAAAGGAAUCCCAAAGAUAUAUAGAAGCUCUGCGAGCCCAGGUCCAGGAGAAAAUGCGGCUGUAUAAUAUUACUCUACCUCCACUAUGCUGCUGUGGUCCUGAUUUUUGGGAUGCUCAUCCUGAUACCUGUGCCAACAAUUGUAUUUUCUAUAAAAACCAUAGAGCGUAUACCCGGGCACUACAUUCGGUCAUCAAUUCCUGUGAUAUCCCUGAGGGGACCUCAACUGUUCGAGUCGCCAUGCAUAAUUUGGCUUCUGUGCACAGACGGACUUUGAAAAAUCUGUAAUGAGAAUCUGAAUCCAAUUGUUAGUAUUUCAAUCUUCACUUAAAGUCAACCCUGAGAGAUUAUUUAGGAAAAGCUGUUAAAAUGUAUUAAGAUGUGUAAUCUGGAAAGAAGGACUGUCUCAACAAGACAACCAUCUGUAUAAUUAGAUCAUAAACAUUGUUUCAGCCUCUGCCAGGGACUGAAAUUGAAAGUCGACCUCCAAACUGGUGUUUUUGCUGUGAACUGUAUAGAGUCAAUUGUUUUAAAAAUGAUCACUCAGACCAGUAAGGUUUUUUUUACUUAGCUCUGCUCUGAUCAGAAGAGAUCAUGAGAAAUCUUUGAGAUUAUCUCAUUUAUUGUCUUUCUUAAAGUGUAUCUUUGAAUCUUGACAAGAUUGAAAAUGUCUAGAUAAAGCUGAAAAGAAGAUGAUGAGAUGAGUUUCUAAGUAUCAGUGGCCAUCUGUAUUGCAGAUAGCGUUACUUGUUGUGUAUAACAAUUAGAGGUGAGAAGAAUCUGAAUUUGAUGCAUAUUUUUUUUCUCAAGAUUUUUCUCUCCUGGUCUUUUAACUUAUUACCUCUUUCCCCAUUCAAUGACAUUGGACUUAGGACUUUAUAAUUUUAUAAUUUUGUAUUGCAAAAAUAAGGUGAAUAAACACUCUGUCUUUUGAGCAUCUUGUAGGUGAAAUCAUUGUGAGUGACUUUUCAAAAAGUAAACCUGAAGUCAAAGUGAGUAAUCAAGUCCUGCCUUAUUUAUCCCUGUCUUUUAAGAAUCUGGUGAAUGGCAUAGCUACAAAACAGAUGAAAUAAAAAUUUCUGUAGUUAGUA